GGGGUGGUGCCCCACCAGCCGCACCGGUGCCUGCCCGGCCUGUGUCCUUCCACGAGCGUGGUGGGGCAGGCAGCCGGGCAGAUUACGACACCUUGUCCCUGCGCUCGCUGAGGCUGGGGGCCGGGUGCCCGGAUGACCGAUACAGCGUGGUGUCCGAGCAGCUGGAGCCGGCGGCCAUGUCCUCCUACAGGGCCUUUGCCUACGAGCGCCGGGCCAGCUCCAGCUCUAGCCGGGCUGGGGGCCUGGACUGGCCGGAGGCUACCGAGGGACCACCCAGCCGGACCAUCCGUGCCCCUGCCAUGCGGACCUUGCAGCGGUUCCAAAGCAGCCACCGCAGCCGGGGAGUGGCUGGGGGCGGGCCCGGGGGCAUCCCGGAGCCCGUGACCCGCGCACCCUCUGUGCGCAGCCUCAGCCUUGGCGACUCGGGGCACCUGCCGGACAUGCGCGGGCUGGACAGCUAUGGCGGCCACCGCACUCUGCAGAGGCUCAGCAGCGGAUUCGAUGACAUCGACCUGCCCUCAGCAGUCAAGUACCUCAUGGCCUCAGAUCCCAACCUGCAGGUGCUGGGGGCUGCCUACAUUCAGCACAAGUGCUACAGCGACGCAGCCGCCAAGAAGCAGGUGGCCGUCCCUGCUGACCACGCCCAUGGACCCCCUUCACGCCCUGUCCUCUGGUCCCUGACCACCCUCGCUGACCCCCAAACUGACUGGGCAGACCUGGGCCUACCCAGAGCAUCCCCAGCAGAGGAAGGGUGGGGGGUGGACUCACACGUGUCUGAAUACACGUGCUGACACCCACACACCUCUGCGCACACCUGAAUACAGACACACAGGUCUCUCAGUGUACACACCUGCCUACACCUGCAACCUUUGCACACCUCUGCACACCCCUGCACACCUCUGCACACACCUGAAUGUAGACACACAGGUCUCUCAGUGUACACACCUGCCUACACCUGCAACCUUUGCACACCUCUGCACACCCCUGCACACCUCUGCACACACCUGCACACCUCUGCACACACCUGAAUAUAGACACACACGUCUCUCAGUGUACACACCUGCCUACACCUGCACACCUCUGCACACCUGCACACCUCUGCACACACCUGAAUAUAGACACACACGUCUCUCAGUGUAUACACCUGCCUACACCUGCAACCUUUGCACACACCUGCACACCUCUGCACACACCUGCACACUUCUGCCACACCUUUC